CCAUCAAUCAUUCAUGAAAUAAAAACAAAACUCACAAUGCAAGCAGCUGCCGCUACCGCUUGCCCUUCUCUACCAUCAUUCUCAAGCAAGCUGUAGUCGCACUCAACCCCCCGGAGUUAACCGUCGUAAGAACCAACAUCACCACAAACAACAAGAAUUCAAUUGACCUAAAAUGGGAGUUGGACGUGAAGUCUCAAUCUCACUCGAUGGAGUAAGAGACAAGAACAUUAUGCAGCUCAAGAAGCUCAAUAUUGCUCUCUUCCCCGUUCGUUACAACGAUAAAUACUACUCCGAUGCUCUUGCUUCCGCCGAAUUCACCAAACUAGCUUACUACAGUGACAUUUGUGUUGGUGCGAUUGCGUGCCGGCUUGAGAAGAAGGAAGGUGGAGGCCAAGUUCGGGUUUAUAUCAUGACUUUAGGUGUUUUAGCACCUUACCGUGGACUUGGUAUUGGAACGAAGCUGCUGAAUCAUGUUCUUGAUCUUUGCUCCAAGCAGAACAUUUCCGAGGUUUACUUGCACGUGCAGACAAACAACGAAGAAGCGAUUAGUUUUUAUAAGAAAUUUGAGUUUGAAAUUACAGAAACUAUCCAGAACUAUUACACAAACAUCACACCACCAGAUUGCUAUGUCGUCACAAGGCACAUAACUCCUAGCCCAACAAAGAAAUAACAUCUCAUGUCAGUUAUUUUGGGGCAAUUCAUCAAAGAUUGUUGCAUUAUUUAUUGAAUUUUGCCAUGAAUGUAUUACCCUGAAGUUUGCCGUUUUUAAUGCUAGAUUUUAAACAGCAAAGUUAGCCCAAAAAUAGAAGCAAUUGGGAAUCUCUUUGCUAAGGUAUUAAAGUUAUUCUAUCCCUAUCUUCCCCCUUCCACACCCUAUCUUACAAUUUUAGGCAAAAUAUUUUUGAAUUUGGUUGGUACAAGAGUCUUUUGGGGGAAAUUGCACCUUGUAUUUUAUUUUAUAACUAAAUAAAUAAAUAUAGCUUUUGCGUCA